AUGCUGCUGCUCCUGCUGAUCAUACUGCCAUGCAUGCAACAUGAACCGGCUGACGCUGCUGUAUUUUCCAACAAUACACAAGUUGGUAACGGGUUGUCCCCCAACUUUACAUCAAUGAAGGUGAUCAAACACAAGGACAUGGAGCAGUGUCUGGUCCAUUCCAUGAAUCCAGUUUUGGUAUUCAGUUCCAGUUUUGAUUACCUCAGGGAGUUUUGUUGGAUGGAUGAUGACUAUCGUAACACAUCUCGCAGAUGGUACAUCUUUCAAACCUUUAAUGAUGGUGUGCUUCACAUUGAGAGAACUUUUGAUCUUCUACUUGCCCUGAAUACUACUGUUGCCAUUCAGCUUGCGCUACUUGUGCUUGCAAGGUGUCUCCGAGGCAAAUGGUGGGCAUGUAAUUUAGAGCAGGAUAAGAGAGAGCACUACUCUAACAAUCAAAGUAUACUCCUGCGCAAACUCAUCUCCUCAAGUGAAGGCCUAUCGGAAUAUGGAUUUACCAUCUACACAGUAAGAGAUCUAGAGAAAGCCACCAACAACUUCAAUCCCACCAGCAUCAUUGGCAAUGGCGGCCAUGCUACAGUUUUCAAAGGCUUCUUAUCUGAUAAACGGGCAGUAGCCAUCAAGAUGUCCAAGCUAACGAACCCACAAGACAUGAAAGAUUUCAUUAACGAGCUGUUCAUUCUCUCUAAAAUCAGACAUAAGAAUGUGGUAAAGCUCUUUGGCUGCUGCUUAGAGACAGAAGUGCCAUUGUUGGUUUUUGAUUUCAUUCCCAAUGGGACACUUGCUAAUCACCUCCACGUCCGGCAAAGUUCAUCCUCAUUAUCGUGGGAGAACAGAUUAAGGAUUGUUACUGAAAUUUCAGGUGCACUUGCAUAUCUCCACUGUAAUGCUUCUAUCUUCAUUUUUCAUAGAGAUGUCAAGUCUUCCAACAUACUUUUGGACAACAAUUUCACUGCCAAAAUGUCUGACUUUGGAGCAUCAAGAUCAAUUCUGGUAGAUGAGAGUGCAAGUGUCGGUUCUGGUCUAGUUACCCUUGUUCAAGGAACAUUGGGAUAUUUAGAUCCUGAGUAUUAUCAUACUAGGAAGCUGAAUCACAAGAAUGAUGUUUAUAGUUUUGGAGUUAUUUUAGUGGAGAUUUUAACAGGUAAAAACCCUGUUUCUUUUACUUUGACUGAACAGCAAACAAACUUGCGUUCAUGGUUCAUCUCUGCUAUGAAGAAAAAGCGCCUCAUUAAGAUCGUUGAAUCUCAUAUUGUGAACAUAGAAUCCAGAAGACAGAUUGAAGCAGUUGCAAAGAUUGCGGAGACCUGCCUGAGAUUGCGAGGGGAUGAGAGACCUACAAUGAAGGAAGUCGAGAUGGCACUUCUGAUGUUAAGUCUCUGGAUGCCAUGA